GAUGUCAUCCAUCUUAGUUGUCCUUGCUUGACGCUUACAACAUCAACUACUGCAGUCAAGUCUGGGGCUUCAGUCAUCUUGCACAGUCGGAAUCAACUAUCCUUUCAGUCAUCGGUCAUCUUCUGAAAGGUCAGGUCUGAUUCUAAGUCCAUCUCGUGAAAGGUCAGGUCUGACUGGAUAAGUCAUAAGUCAUCUUGUAAAAAGUCAGGUCUGACUCUAGAUAAAUCAUAAGUCAUCUUGUAAAAAGUCAGGUCUGAAUCUAGAAUAGUCAUAAGUCAUCUUCUGAAAGGUCAGGUCAGAUUCUAACCAAGUCAAAAGUCAUCUUGUAAAAAGUCAAGUCUGACUCCAGAUAAAUCAUAAGUCAUCUUGUAAAAAGUCAGGUCUGACUCUAGAUACGUCAUAAGUCAUCUUGUGAAAGGUCAGGUCUGACUGUAGCCAAGUCAUCUUGAAGCAGCACCAUGAUGGGCAUGUUUUUCGGCGACCCGGACGAGGAAGAAAAGAUUGGGCACUUUGACGUCUUCAGCUCGUUGGGUAGCUUGACCUACAGGCAGGGGAAGUACCACGAAGCCCUGGCCAACUUUAAUCAGGCCUUACGCCUACGUCCAGACGACCGCAUCUGUCUAGUCUAUCGGUCCAAAUGUUACUUGAUGACGGGCAACAACGCCAAAGCUCUACAAGACGCCGAGAGUUCUUUGGUGGAGGACAAGAACUACCACAAAGGAAUGUUCCAGAAAGCCGAGGUACUCUACAGCAUGGGAGACUUUGAAAUGGCACUUGUCUACUACCAUCGUGGGAACCGUCUCCGCCCCGAGCUCUUGGACUUCCGCCUGGGGAUUCAGAAGGCGCGGGAAGCUAUCAUCAACUGCGUCGGCACUCCUGAUCGCGUGAAGUUAAACACAACUGGUGAUCUCUCAUUUUUUGCGGCUCAAGAAGAGAAAUCCAAGAAAGGGAAGGGCGCCUCCCAGCCGUGCUUCAAGCGCCCCCAGGUGGUGACCAAGAAGAAGAAAGAGAAAGCUGGCAACGAGACGACCAUCAAGCAGAUGUUGGGGGAGCUCUACGGUGACCGGCGGUACCUGGAGAGGCUACUACAGGACACUGACAAUCAGACAAUUACUGGGAAACGAAUUAUUCGUAUAGUACAGGACAGUUUGUCUUAUCUCAACACCAAGACAGAGUUCUGGCAACAGCUGAAGCCCAUGUACGCCAGGAAAUACGAAGCCCGUCUAGCACUGAACCGUGGCAGGGCCGUCAAGACCUCGCCCUACGAUCACAUCAUCAGUGAAAUAGAGAAGAUAGAAAAAUUCAUGGCUGAAGAGAACUACGAGGCCGCCCUGAAGAAGUCCAACAAGGUGAUGAACACGCUGGACACCAUGACCGAGGCGCAACUGGCCAACAGGAUGACCUUCAAGGCCAACCUCCACAGUAUCCAGGGCAACGCCUACCUCGAGCUCAAGGACUACGAGAACGCUGCCCAGCAACAUCAGCUGGACCUGGCUCUGGGAGAGGAGAAUGACAUUGAGGAGGCCGAGUGCAGGGCGCUGGACAACUUAGGACGGGUAUUUGCCAGGAGCGGCAAAUUCAAGAAGGCGAUAGAUGUAUGGGAGAGAAAGCUGCCACGGAGUAAAGGGAUAUUGGAGACCACGUGGCUCUGUCACGAGAUUGGGCGGUGCUACCUAGAACUUGACCAAUCCAAAUUUGCCAAAGAAUACGGCGAGAGGUCACUGGCCGCAGCUGAAGAGGCGGCAGACGACCGCUGGCAACUUCAUGCACUGGUGCUCAUAUCCCAGGCUGAAGUGAAGGCGGGCAGACUGGCUUCGUCGCUAAUUAGCUUUGAGAAAGCUUACCAGAUGGCUGCAUUACUCAUGGACGUGGAAGCGCAGUUGGCCAUAAAAAAAGCGAUGGAUGACGUCAACCGAAAGAUUGACCUUCGUGAGCAGGACAACGGAGAAAAUGACGUCACCCAAGAGGUCACGGAAAACAGAGAGGGGUCCCAGGCUGAAGAACAUCCCGGGACGUCUGAGGGGCGCGAGGGUGUAGAAGGGGAGCAUGAACAGGGCGCCACGUCGCCUGACCUCACAGAACCACCGGCCACCGAGACAUCAGAACACAUACAAGAGGAGCCGCAGGAUAUGACGUCAGAAGAGCUCCCAACACAAGUUCUAUCGACCGAUCAAGAAGUAGAAAGUGAAACAAAAGACACAGAAUGAUGGACUAGACAUGUCACAACAAGACAACAGCAAAUAAAGGGAAACAUUUUAUUUUCUGGACAUUUAAUUUUCAAGAUGAUUAAAAAAAAAU